CGGACUACUUCAGUUGACAUUUCUAUUUAUUCUACACACACAACGAAAACACUUCCUCUACAGCGCUCUUCCCGUCGUCCCAACCUGCACAGGGUAUACCAAAUAACAUCGCCCUGAACCAGCACCAAUGUCCCAUUCAACCUGCACCGCCUCCAGCCCGUCCCCGCUAAGCCGCCUCGCCGACCAAAUCCUCCUCGGAGCCUCAUCUCCCUCCUCCACCAAAGGCCGCCGGCACCCCACCCGGCCCUCAAUCCCCCACCGGCCGGGCUUAGCAUCCCCCACGUCGACAUUCUCGCAGAACUGGGACGGGGAAUUCGCGCAAUUCGCUGCCGGGCCGUCUCGGGACACAGCGCCGGCGUGCAUCACAGACGAGGGGUCGUGCAGAGCCCGGGAUAGGGUCCACCAACCCAUCCUGCGUCUCCCCACGCUGUCAAGCUACGUGUUGGGUGGUGCGGGGGAUUCGGACGAGGAGGGGGGGGAGGAGUAUUCGGCCGCGUGGUCGAAUGAGGCUCUGAGUGCCGCCUACCUCCGGUCCAGCCCGCCUGGGCAUUGCGAGCAGGAACAGAAACAAACGAGACGUGCGCGGACGGCGGGGACGACGUGGGCGGCUGAGGCGGCGUUUUGGGAGGCGAGGGGCGGGAAGGGGGGGUGGAAUUGGAGGGGGUUGUUUUGCGGGGGCGGGGACAUGGGACGGGGGAAGGGGAGGGAGGGGGAGGCGGAGAAGGGGAGGGAGAGGUUGGAGAAAAGGAUCUGA